CAAAAAAUUAAAAUAAAAAAAUGUCUUCUUCAUAUCCAUUAACUAAAUUAUACAUAGCUAAAUUUUCUAGUAAAACCAGUCGUCGUGACAUCGAAGAUUUAUUCAGUAAAUAUGGUGACUUAUAUGGUUGUAAACUAAAUGAACGUGAAGGAUAUGCUACAGUUACAUACAAAUAUCCUGAAAACGCUGAAAAAGCGAUAGCUAAAUUAAACAACACAGAUAUUCUUGGUGGUAAUUUAUUAGUAGAACAUACACUAAAAAAAAGUCGUAAUGAGAAUUCAUAUAGAUAUGAGGACAAAUAUAGAGAUGGAAGAAAUGAUUAUAGAAGUUCAAGAUAUGAUAGAGAUAGAGAUUAUUAAAGUAGCUCAAGAAGAGAACCUCCUUUUAGGUUUGAUAAAGAAAAAUUCAUUAAAGGUGGACUUUGCUUCAAUUGUUCCGAAAAAGGACAUGUUGCUAGGGAUUGCCCAGAUGCUAAAUAAGGAAUUUAUAGAGGAAAAACUUAUAAUGGUGAUAGAUAUAGAAGAAAUAGUUAUAAUAGAAGAAGUAGAAGCAGAAGUGGAGAUAGAAAAGGAGGGUAUAAAAGAUCGAAUAGUAGAGAUAGUAGGGAUAAAAAAAGAAGAUAUAAACACUCUAGAAGAAGCAGAAGUUCUUCUUAUUCUAGAAGUGAGUCUAAUAGAAGAGAUAGAAUAAAAUAAAAAAAAGGUAAAAGUAGAAGAUCAUCCUCUACUUCUAGCUCGAAAUCUAGAUCUAAAUCUAAAUCUAAGUCUAGAUCAGAAUCUAAAUCUGAUUCUAGAUCUAGAUCUGGAUCUAGAAGUGUAUAAAAAAAAAAUAAUAAUGAAAAUACAGCUAUUAGUAUUUAAAAGAAGUAAGAAAAUGGAAAAAGUAGAUCUGAAUCUAUUGAUGGAAGACAAUGAAAAAAAAAUUUCUUUUAUAACAAAAAUAAAAUAAAUAAUAAUAAUAAUAUAUAAAUAAUAAAUUUGCAAAAAAGGAAAAUUUUACAACUAAA